AUGAUACUGGCUACUUCCUACUUCCCCCCUCGUAUUCCCAAAAAGGAAAGAAGGUCCAGUGCGCCCGCCUCACUCUUAUACUCAGGGUCCUCGCUUCAUCUCCCUUCCCCCUCACACCCCAUCUAUAUUCCCUACUUGAUAUCUUUACUUCCCCUAUAUUAUCUGCUGAUCCCUUCCACCUCACAAUGGCCAUCCAUCCAAGACUCCGCCCGCAGGGUUCCCAAGCCAGUCUAUCCCCCCCAGCAAACCCUCGCCAUCUCCGCAUGGACCGAACAAGCCGCAUCCUCCCUGCAGGACCUCUCCCUCUCCGAAUCAACCCCAGAUGCUGCAUCCCAAUCGCCUACCCCAGUCCGCUCCACCUUGCGCGGAGCCACCACAACCCUGUCCAUCCCGCUGGACGAUCAACCCCCGACCCCAUCCCCGAGAGUGAAGAUCGCCUCUGAAGAAUCCCGCCCACCAACAGUCAGUUUCCGUCGUCGCGAACCACUGCGCCGAGACAGUCUUAAGAGCCGAGAGGCCCUGCUCAAAGGAAAGGACGGGAGUCGUCGACGCCAGCGCUGGGAGAACGAUCGCCUGUUGCACAACCCAUGGGCUGAACCGCCCUCGUCCAAAGAUUGGGAAAUCCGCCCAACAUACACCCGCCAUGAUCCCAUGCCGUACUACCUUGCCCCGCUGUGGGAUGUGCACUAUGCUCAUAUGGCAGAUACCCACCCCCGGAAGAAUGCCCCUGUCGAAGAGAAACACCGAGUGCCGAAGGAGUUGCGAUUGAGACUGAAGCACGCGCGUGCGGCGCGAGGCAUGUUGCAGGACCUGGAAGAUGAGAUCCGUCUCUUUAUCCGGAAGUGGAAUGAGAAGCAGACACUCCUCCGUAGUGACGGCUUGCAGGAUGCACCCAGUGACUCGGAGGACGAGAUUGUUUUUGUUGGGCGGAAUGGACAGAUGCACGAUUCGCCUGAGCGGAAGGAGGCAUUGCAACGGCUGCGCGAUGAGAUGAGUCUUCAUGAUGAGCGGGAUGGGGAGAAGAUGGUCUUUGAGAGUUUGGUCGACGACCGUGCUGCGGGCUUUGGUCGCUGGCUAGUGCAUUCUAUCGCUUCAUACUAUGGCCUGCACACCUGGUCCGUUACCGUGGGUGAGCCUGCUCGUCGCGAGGCAUAUGUCGGAUUCCGUCCGCCGGUCCCCGGGACUCGCGCUGGACUGGUCAAUCACCCAACCUGCCGCACAGAGGAUGAGAUCCAGUUGGGCGAGGACCUCCCACGGCCGCUCUAUGCGCAGGUCUAA